AUGUUUAUAGGUAAAACCUUGGGUAAAGAAUUGAAUGUUAAAUCAUCAAAAAUAGUUGCUGGACAAGAACCUGAAAAAACAAAUGAACUGUUACAAUGUUUGGCGGAAGCUUUGGAUAAGAAUCUUUCAUCAGAACAAGCUAUUAAAACUCUGAAAGUAGGGACAAAUAAUGGUAAAAAGGUAUCUAAGGAGGCAAAAGUAUCCGACAAAAAAGUCUUUUCUAAAACUAAACAAAUAGACAAAUUGAAUCUAAGCAACACUACGCAUUUAACAUCAAAAAUAAAAAGUAAAGACAAUGAAAAUCAAAGAAAAAAAUCUACACUAAAAGGUACAUCACAUCAAAACAAAAAUAAAAGCGAGGAAAAAAUAGCGAACACUCCGCAGUACUUUAUUGAAAGUGCAGAAAAGAAGACGGAAAUUGAAAUUACAAGAGAAACGAUUAUAACAACGGAGGAUGAGAAUGCUACUGAAAUCGUUAACGAUUUGCCACAGGAACCCCAAGAUGAAACUAUAAGAAAUAAUGACUUAGCUAAUACUUUAAAUAAAUCAAAUAUAACAAAGGAAGAAAAUGAUACCGUAAAAAAUUAUGACGAAAGUAAAAAAAAUUAUAAUAUUGAUGAAAAAGCUACCGCAUCGCACAGUUCCACAAUACUGGAAAAAGACGAUAUUCAUACAAAUAAAGAAAUAAUAUUUUUAGAAGAAGUAACCGAACAGAAAAGUGAAGGAUCAAAAAAUUUUGGCACUGAAGAAAAUGGAGAUCAUUCUGUAAAAGACUAUAAAGACUCGAAUGGUAAAAGGAUGCCAGAAAUAUCUAGUUUAAAACCAUCUAGUGCGCGACCUUUAUCUUCUCGGCCAGGGGCACCAAAAAUACGCGAUAAACACGAUAAUACAAUUAAUGUUUUAGCUAGCAGUGAUCACGUUGUUAUUGGUAAAGUAAAUAUUAUAACAGAAAGCUCAUUGCCGGAAGAGGACGAGGAAUCUAGUUUUCAAAUAGAAAUUACGGAUAAUAUCGAUGCCCAGCACGAACAACACCAUCAUUUAAAUAAACCACAUGGUCAUUUAGUUCAACAGAUUUUAGAUUCGCAAAAAAGUUUUGGGCAAGUCAAAGGAAGAACUGAAAUAGAGUGGGAAUUGGGUUCACAGGCAACGCGGGAUGAUAUCAAUAAAGAUCUUGAACAGUUACAAUUUAACAUACAAGCACUUUCACGCGUUUCAAAUCCUUUGGGAAAGCUGCUGGAUCACGUACAAGAAGAUGUUGAAGUUAUGCGUCAGGAAUCACAACAAUGGUUACAGAUUUAUGGCGACAAAACAAAGGAAUUAUCAAAACAAAGAGAGAUAACUGAAGAGGCUAUGAUGCCCCUAUAUUCCAAAAUCAAACAAUUUGAAACUGAUAUUCUCGAAAAACGGCAAAGGAUUAACGAUUUAAAAAUAAUAAUCCACAAAAAUAACUUACGAAUAGAGAAACUCCUAUCGAAUGGGCAUGUGCAUGUGCAAUAA